AUGUCCAUUUUUCCAUAUGUCUAUCACAUGGUUGAAUCAUUCCACGUGACAGACAAUGACCGCAAGAUCGCCCUUUAUGCUGGGAUGAUCACAUCUGCAUUCACAUUUGCGGAAUUCUCGGCGGGGAUGUUCUGGGGUCGAAUGAGUGACAAGAUUGGCCGGAAACCAGUUUUGGUCAUGGGUCUGAUUGGAACCGCCAUUAGCAUGAUUGUAUUCGGAUUUGCUCCCAAUCUUCCGACAGCCAUGAUUGCCCGAGCCUUGGGAGGUCUACUGAAUGGAAAUAUUGGUGUGCUCCAGACGACUGUGGCGGAGAUCGUGACUGUCAAGGAACACCAGCCCCGGGCUUACUCGAUAAUGCCAUUUGUUUGGUGCCUAGGAUCGAUCAUUGGGCCCGCCCUGGGUGGUGCGCUGGCACAGCCCUGUGACAGCUAUCCCUGGUUGUUCCAGCGCGGCACUAUCUUCGAUAGUUUCCCAUUCCUGCUGCCCAACGUCGUCUGUGUUGUCAUCCUGAUGUUCGGAAUUGUCGUUGGCCUGUUGUUCUUGGAGGAGACCCAUCCAGAGAGGAAAUAUCGUCGUGACCCCGGAUUAGAAUUGGGCCAUUGGUUGGUCGGAAAAUUCUGGGAACAAAGUGUACAGCUUCCCAAGGACACAGACGUCAAGUCGGAUUUGGCCGGAACCAAUUACUUUGAUCUUCCUCCACCGGAAUACAGGAGCACGGAAUCCUCGCCUCGCUUGCCUCCGAUGAAGGAACCGGAUAAUUUGUCUGAGGAUGAUGACAUCGAAGAUCAGAUGAAGGAGAACCAAUGCGGAACACCAAAGGCGUUUACGAAGCAGGUCAUAUUCAACAUCGUCGCCUAUGGAAUUCUUGCAUACCAUAGUGUCUCCUUCGACCAGCUGAUGCCCGUUUUCCUGAGCACCCCCAAGUCGGACGAAGAUGUCGUUCUGCCCUUCAAGUUUACUGGAGGCCUAGGACUUCCCACCAAGACGAUCGGUUUCAUGCUUGCGGUGCAAGGUGUUUAUUCUAUGAUUGCCCAGCUCUGGCUAUUCCCCCUUGUUGUCCGGAAUUUUGGGACGCUGCGGACGUUCCGCUUCGUUUUACUGGUGUGGCCGCCACUUUAUUUGGUGGUUCCCUAUCUUAUUCUUUUGCCCGAACGACUCCAGACAACCGCUGUGUACUUCGCCUUGAUCUGCAAAAUUACGUUCCAUGUCAUUGCUUUCCCUGCUACCGCAAUACUGCUUGCUAAUGCUGCACCUUCUUCCAAAGUCCUGGGUUCUAUCAAUGGUGCUGCUGCCUCGACGGCAAGUUUGAGUCGGGCCUUUGGCCCAACUGUGACUGGUUUACUUCACUCGAAAGGCCUCGAAAGUGGGUACUCCGUGUUGGCAUGGUGGGCCUGUGGCAUCGUCUGCGUUAUUGGAGCCAUCGAAAGUUUGUGGAUGGAGGAAAGCGAGAUGCAGCAGGAAUGUGAAAAAGAACCAGAGGGACGUCUAAAUGCGAGACGAGAUGAUCUGCGGGGCUCAUUCACUGCGGGCAAGGAAGAAGCCACCCCAGAAGAAGUACGGCGAUUGCUUUCUUCGGCGCGGACCAGUGUCGACAGUGCUGAAAUCCCUGAUGUGGAUAUGACACUGGCCGACCCCCAGUCGGAACACGAAUGA